GGUCUAAAGUUGCAAAGUCUGAUGGAAAUCCUGGGUUGCAGAUCCGAGGAGAACAGUUUCAAUAUCCUCCCGUCGGCGGCUACCAUGCUGUUCCACGGCCUGUCCGGGGGAGAGGUGCACGGGGUGCACGGGGUGCACGGGGUGGUGGAGGAGAUGGAGCGGAGGGGCAAGAGCGAGUCCACGGUCAUCAGCUCUGCUAUCGACAUGGGAGAGACCGAAGCGACGUUGCAGUGCAUGAACAGCGAUCGCGUGGCCCUGUGUGCAGGCUGCGGCCGAAGGAUCGCGGACCGCUACUACCUGCUCGCGGUGGAUAAGCAGUGGCACAUGCGCUGUCUCAAGUGCUGCGAGUGCAAACUGCACCUGGAGUCCGAGCUCACGUGCUUCAGCAAGGACGGCAGCAUUUAUUGCAAGGAGGACUACUACAGAAGAUUCUCCGUCCAGAGGUGCGCGCGGUGUCACCUCGGCAUCUCGGCCUCGGAGAUGGUCAUGCGCGCUCGGGACUUGGUGUACCACCUCAACUGUUUCACGUGCACGACGUGCAACAAGAUGCUGACCACGGGAGACCAUUUCGGCAUGAAGGACAGUCUGGUGUACUGCCGCUUGCACUUUGAGACUCUAGUUCAGGGGGAGUACCAGAGCCACUUUAGCCCGGGGGACGUCGUCUCGCAUAAGGGCCUGGGCUCCGGCAACACGCUGGGAAUAUCCUACUUCAACGGCGUGGGCACCGUGCAGAAGGGCCGGCCAAGGAAAAGGAAGAGUCCGGGGCCAGGGGCCGAGCUAGCGGCCUACAAUGCGGCCCUCAGCUGUAAUGAGAACGACGGGGACUCCAUGGACCGGGACUCACAGUACAGCUCGAGCCAGAAGACCAAGCGCAUGCGGACGUCGUUCAAGCACCACCAGCUGCGGACCAUGAAGUCGUACUUCGCCAUCAACCACAACCCUGACGCCAAGGACCUCAAGCAGCUCGCGCAGAAGACGGGCCUCACCAAGCGGGUAUUACAGGUGUGGUUCCAGAACGCCAGGGCCAAGUUCCGGCGGAACCUGCUGCGCCAGGAGAGCGGCAGCGGGGACAAGGCGUCGGACGGCUCGGUGAUGGCGGGGGGCACCCCGUCCGGUCCCGUCUCCGACAUCUCCAACGGCUCCAUGAGCCCCCCGUCCAGCACGCCCACCACGCUCACCGAGCUCACCAACCCCACCAUGCCCACCGUCACCUCCGUGCUGGGCGGCGGGCCCAUGGACGUGCACGAGUGCCGUAGCCCCUCACAGACGACCCUGACCAGCCUCUUCUGA